GCCAGGGGUGAGAGGCUUGGGACCUGCGUGGCUCCCCCAGGCCUGUGGUGGCCGCCACCCACCACACAGGAAGCGGGGAAGGAGUGCGGCCCUCACCCCACCCAGGAAUGUCUGGUCCCCAGGCUUCAUGCUGGGCACAGGGGACCUCAGUCUCCACUCAAGUUGCUUGCCCUGCAGUAGACAAGGAAGACAAGAGAGGCGGUGCCAGUGUAGAGUGCCGAGUGUCACACGCCCCAGAUCCGUGCACCAGGUUCUUCCUGACCAACGACCAGAUCCAUCUCUAUCUGAAUGAGUUUUCCUGGAAGGACGUUACCAAUGCCUUGUCCCUGGCCAACAUGAUCCUGGGGCUCUUCUCCAUCUUCUGCAGCUUCUGCAAGAAAUGCUACAGUGCCUCCUGGAUGCUUCUGAUCAGCUUCCUAUUAGACAUGGCAGUUGGGACGAUAACCAGACACCUCAGCCUCUGCUCCAGAUCGGGGGUGGAGCUGAAUGACUUUGCUGUCUUCACCACCUUUGGCCUGGCCUCAGCCCUGCUCCUAGGCGUGGAUGGGCCUCUGAAUGCGUUCCUGGCCGUCAUCUAUGUGUUAGCUGCUACCUUCCGCCUGUGUUUUUAUUCAACUGGUGUUCCCUUCACGUACAAGGGUCUACCCUGCCGCUAUGCUUCCUGUGUUUUGGCCUCCACCUGCCUUCUGACCAAAGGCAACACGUUCAUUCUGUCUUGCAUGGCCUCACUUAUGAUUCUGUUCAUGAUGGACCAGAGCUACUAUCCACGUGAUGAGAUCCUGGGGUCUGAGAACUGGAAAAAAUUGAUUUAUCUGGGGGGUGUCAUCAUGCUGCUUGUGUCUCCAUUCUCCCUAACUGCUUUUUACUGCCUGAUGUGGUCGCUGUCCUACAUCUUCUUUCCAGAUGCUCUGUGGGGCAAGGCAGCAUGCUUCAGGCUAUAGCACCAAAGAAAGUGAACAGCUUCACCCACUCCCACUGGCCUCUGUGGGGUUUGCGCCAGCAUAUCGGGCCAAGCCUUGCCUUAUCCUCACUAAAUCUUUCUUUGUCCCUA